AUGUUGAACCCAUCACCACUGGCAUUCUGUAACUGUGUUUCGGUGCCUUUUAUCUCCUGUUCUUCUGUGUUCCCACCAUGGAACUGUCCUGUUCGUACCCCAACUCCAGGAUAUAGGACAUCUUCAGACGAGAUGGUCACACAAAACGCUCGCGCGAUCGAGCAAAGAGACAGCACUAGCGAACCAAGCAAAAGUCGGAGUCUAAAGUUUGGGAUUGAAAACAUACUUUAUGGAACAAACUCGCAACCAGGUGGGUAGGCUACUCUGGUGCGUUAGCACUAAUUGAUUGAGGGGACAAUUCAAAUUAAGUUCAAGUUCUUCCGGAAUUCGUCUGAUCAUACUAAUGGCUAAUAAUCAUAAAUAAAACUGAUUGAAAAGAAAUCUAAACUUCACAUUUCCUCAGUAUUAUAAAACAAUUCAUUCAGUUCGUUUUAUUGCGUGAUCUCAUUUUGUUUGCUAUUAUGUGAUAAGAUAAGCGUCUUCUUAUUUCACUCGAAAUAAUUCUUCGGGUGAACUUAGAAAUUGUUACUCAGUGCAGCUAUGAUCUCCGUGUAAGUGAUGGAGGCUCGUAAAGGAACGUAGAAACACGACAAAGGCAAAGUUAGAGGGAAGGUACACAGUUUCCUUCACUUUUGGGGAAGUUGCAGCAAUGACACUCUUUAAGUUUCUUCCACGUAAUAAUCAACUUAGCGCAUCAAAAUCACACUAAACUGUGCUGCUCGUCACUGACUUCGUUUACAUUUUCGUUGCGCGCCUUUAGUUUUGUUAGUUUUAAAGAAGCGACUGUCAUGAACUGUAAUUGCAUUUUGACUUUUCGCUGCUAAAGCCAAUUCAGUCGAUCCUGUGAAAGUCCAUCGAACUGACAGAACGUUAGAAAGCCGGCACUUCUUGGCUGAGCAAUAAUGUCACUGCCGUCAUCUUUGCUUUUCUGUAUUCUUCAGUUCGAGAUGAAUACUUCAGACUCGUUUACUGGAUUUAAAUUGGUUCACAUUUUUUUAGGGCACAGGUCCUGAGCUGAGCAACGUCAUUUGUGUUAUUUAUCAGUCGCCCGAGAAAAACAGUUUACUUGAUUCUUCUCGGCGCAAACAAAGACUGGAAUGUUAAAAGGCUUUCAGGACUGAGGGGUGUAUGUGCAAAAAGCAUAGGCUCACUCGAAGAACAAUUACGCGGCAUUCGGUAAACAAGGGCGCUAAUAUAGUUAAACAAACCAUUAGUUUAUUUAUCACUAUUAUGUCCAUCGGACAUCCUAUGUAAAUAAAACUUAGGUUAUUGUCAGAGCAGAGUUGUAUUCAACAGUCACAACAUUUUAGGAUUUCAUCAACAGACUCAAAAUAUAACGAAAUGUGCCAUUUUGCACAAUAUAUUAAACAUGUCACCGACUGGAAAGUACUGCUCAGUGGCUUUUAUUUGAAUGGUCAAACUUCAGGAUUUCAUCCACAGUCUUAAAAGUUAGAAACACCUUGUCGAACCUGGCACAGCAGCAUAUUUAAGUGGCUUUCAUUUUAAUUGUAACACAGUCAGCUUUAGCGGUAUUUUAUCCACAGACUCAACAGUCAGUACCAGGCACCUUGCACAGCUUAAUAUACAGUACCGAGAGAGAAUUUCACAUCUACAGGACUAUAUAUUUUGUGACUAAAUAUUUAAAUCUUAACGCCAUUGGAUUAAUCAAGAGUGUCGUUUUGAAAUAAGGUCACUAAGACUUUCCAAACGAUCAAGGAAAGCUGGUAAGUUGAAAGGGUUUCUAUACAUUCAAGAAACACUGAGCAGGGAAGUUGGUGGCGGGGGUAUUAGAUAAGGGUUUCUACAUAUCUCUACCUCUAACCCUUUAUCUUAAAUAUUUGUUUUCGUCCAGACUCAGUGUUGCUUUUUAAGCUUUCAAUGAAAGUUGGACAAUGUCAUUGUUUUGCCAUACUUACAGUGUACUUAAGUGAGAUGAAUUCGAAUGCAGUCUCUCGUUAACUGUCCCCUUUAUUAGUUGGAGCCUCUGAAGUACUUCAUAUUCAUUCUCUCUUUCGUAAUAUUACCAAAUGAAACCCAAUUUUCUAACAGCUUUCUCUAACAGCUUAUUUAAAUAUGUACAUUUCUUCAUACAAGCUCGGUCACAAGGCUUAAAGAAACUACCCACGAACAAGACAUCUUUACAUAAUUGACUUCUUCUGUCCCGAGAUCUAAUAACAACGUACUGUGCCGUCCAAAUGAGCUGUGAGUAUCACUCAGAAGAGCUUACAAAUGUGUACAUUGUACCCGAAUGAGCUGAGAAGGUCAUAGUUAGCAGUUGAACACACCGUGGGUUUAAAUUGUCUUUACGAUGAGUGUGUGUAUCGGGUGUGUGUUAUUGUGCUUCAUUUAUUUUAGGCGUCGGCUAGAAAUUGGUUUCUAACUUACACUCUGCAGAGUAAACUACAUUCCUGUUGAAUUUGGUUAAAUUGUGUAAGAACUAAGGCGUCACUUGAAACAGUUUCGUGUAACUGUAUCUUAAAUCCUUACGGCUUGCAUACAGUAAGUGUUUUUAUAAUGUCAAGCCAGAAAAUGUUUUAACAAUCCUACCUUUUCAAGAGCAUUACUAGCAGCUUUAAAUCAUAAAUUUGUUUAUCUAUAAGAAACCCAAUCUGGGGUACUACGCUGCGAUCACGACAUAAGAAUUUCUCAAAAUUCUGUUGGAUUCACUUUAAAGUAAAACGAAAGCAUGCAUCUUCGAUCUCCCCUGAAGAUCCUUGGCCUAACAGCUCAUGCUGUACCCUUGUGAAAUGUAGUCCCUAGUCGAAUGUGGUUAGAUCUCUAAAAAGAAAAAAGGAAAGCGCAGUCUUCUAAUGUUAAUUUUUGCAAUCUCAGACGAUUGUUAUCUGCGAAGCUUUAUAAACACGGUGUUUGCUCCCUUUUUUCAAACGGAAUUGGCGAAAGAGAAACUUAAUUACAUAUAUAGUCGCAUUAAAUAUACUAAUGGCUUCAUCUUUUUAAACAUUUUUAAGUGGAUAAAAAACAGACCUUUUCAGGGAACAGAUACAAUACAGUACAUAGUUAUAUUAGUUAAUAGGCAUAAUUUACCCUCUCUUGAGGUGUUUAGGAAAAAUCAGGAUCGCCAACGUAAGCUACGUUAGGGGCCGAAAAAGCUCCUAGCCGGUUCUACACCCUCUAGACACUAGGCCGUUUUGGAAACAAUAGUUGAAAGUGACAAGAAAUUUCUCAUUAUCAAUGACUGGAUUUAGUUUCAGCUUAUUUGCCUGCGAAAUAAAAAGCAUUUGUUGUCUUGGCAAAAAGCAAGAUUUAAUAACUCUCGACCUCUUUCAAAUAUCCGCAACCUUACCACGAUCCGUGUUUAUUAUCAUUUCAGUCUCUUUUUGCAUGCCCGAAACGAUUCUCCGAUAACACAGUCACGAUAUAGAGGAUAUUACAUGGCCGCGCGGAGAUACGAAAUUUCUCUUCGAGUGUUGAAAAAUAUUCGCGAACGAGUGAAAUAUCUUUUUCAACACGAGAAGAGAAAUUUCGUAUCUCCAAGCGACCAUGUAAUAUUCUAUUUAUUAUAUAAACACCAAUGAAAUACCAAACCAUUUUACUUCAACAGAUUUUGGUAUGAAAGGUGCGAUUUAUUAUGCAGCCAUUCCAACGGUGAUAUUUUCACAUGUGAAGAUAUCUAGUUUUCGUGCGAAAGCUCACUUGGUAUUUCAUUGGUGUUUAUAUAAUAAAACUCAUUUCUUCAUAAACGUACUUUUCAAAAUAACUCUUUGUGUGUUUUUUCUUCGUUGAGAAGGCAUCGUUAACUUUAUCUUCGGUUUCCAAAGACCUCGAAUUUUAUAAGGGUUAGAGUUGACAAAUGUCAGUAUUAAUGGCAUAUCACAUGAUUGGAAAAAACAGAAAACCAAAAACCUCUUGACGAGAAAUAUUGCCGUACUUGGUACCAUCUGAAUGAUGCUCUGAAUUUAAACGGUCUUUAUCGCUGGCAACGAUUUUAAACAAUUGUGUUUAAGGUUUAUUAAUAAAUAGUUGCAAAGUGAUAUUUGUUAAAAUCCUUCUUUCAGGAGAAAUCCUCUUUCAGUAUUAAAUUUGAUGGUGAUUGAAGUAUUGAAUGCUGAUCCGAUCCCAAAAUAGCUCCUUUAGUCAUCGAAUGGCAUUAAGUUCCUUCUUCGUAUUUUUUUUCUUUUCCAUGAAAUAUUUGGAGCUUCAAAGGUGUUAGGUCUGGUCCCCCACUUUUUACUCGUCAUCAAUAUCGACCAAAAAAGAAAAGGUUCUCAAAAAUGUAAAAUAUUCUUUACUUCAGUCACUGUAAGUACUUGGUGAAAGACCCGGGGCGGGGUACUUUCUUGUGCGAACUACACGGAACCAUGAGAUAGCAACUCUGUACAUAAUACUGUUAGGGUUUUCUGCUCUAGAUGUAGUUCAAAAUAACACUUUAUAGAGUGUCGAGAACAACAGGGGUCUGAUUUUCCGCUUAUCAAUCCUGAGAUCAAAGUAUAGCAACGUGAUUGUAGCCACCUAAUACUGUUUAUGCAUUAAGCUUCAAGAUUUACUUCCGGGACAUGAAUUGUCAGUUUAGUAGGUCAUAAGGCAGUAUGCAGUACGUGAAACACUCUUAAGAAAGCGUUGUAACUUUGUUCUUUGCAUUCUUUCGUUUUAGCAUAUAGGUAUGGUAUUCAGAUCUAUUCAGCAAGGUUCAUUCUUGUCCUUAUAGGUCGUGUUUUUAAAUUUUUAGCAUUACUGGUGAUUUUGUAUAAUAGGCCAUUAGAAGUAGAUAUCCUCACUAAAUGAGACCCAUUGUUCUCUUUAGACAUGCUUCAGCAUUAGAUGAUCUAAACUAACAUGAUGAUAGUUUCUUAGGGAAAACUACACUUUAAUCUGUCACGUAACAAAAGAUGACGCCACUUAGAACCUACUGUUAUUAACCUUCCUCUGCAAAUUUAUUUUUUUUUGCCCGUUAAUAUUGCAAUCUUUGAAGGAUACAGGCUCAAUGAUAAAACCAAUGAUAAACUGUAGGACCCUGAAAAAGCCGAGUAAAUUUGUACAGGAUACAGUUUUCUUUUCAGGAAAGAAAAACAAAAUCAAAGAAAACGCGGCGUCGUUGGAGGUGGUUUAUGCCACUUCAGAGAGAUUUAAUGAGCCUAGCCGUUUUAUAUUUGCUUAUUUAUUUAUUUUGGCCCUGAGUAGUUCGGGUUAUGUCCAAAUCUCUCAGUGCAAACAGAAGUCUGGUUGUAUACGGUUAGCGUUAAAAAAAUUCUCCUUGAAGUGAAAUUCGGCGAUUUCAAGAUGAUUCAACUGAGAGAAAAUUUAAGCUAAGUGACUCCGUUUGAUAAUUCUUGCAGCUAAUUACCUACAUAACAUGUGCAACAUUCCUCUAAAGAAUAUUAGCAAAGGUCAGCGAUGAUUUCAUUCAUACUGCAAAGUUUCUCUGGCUUAAGCUAAGCCGGAAAUAGCUGAUAUCAACUAACAAAGCAUUAGGAGUGCUUUAUGUAUUUUGCUCGCUGGUUGCGGUUGACAAACUCUUAUGUCAAUUAGGUUAAUUGCCUUAUAAAAUUUACACUAGAAGGUUUAUAUGAUAACUUGGCAAUGUGAGGGAGAUGACUAUAUGAAAGAUAUACCAACUUAAGAGAGAUAGUUCGGAUUCUUGCAUGUAAUAAAAAUUCUUAUUUCUAUUUAAAACUAUUAUUUUCAGAACACCCAGAAGUCCAUUUUCCUGAUUUCCCGUUUCUGUGGAAUGAUGGCGUUAAUUUCAUUACCCAUCAGCCCUUUUACUCUCCGCCCAUGCGCACUUCAACCCGCCCUUGGUGUCGCCCAGUCUUCACACAGCUGCAGCGUCGGGGUCUGGAAAAGCGUUUCCAAGCGACCAAGUACGUCACCAAACGAGAGCGGCUUCAGAUCGGCGCCAUGUUGGGUUUGUCCGAAACACAGGUGAAAGUUUGGUUUCAAAACAGAAGAACAAAGUGGAGACAUGAGGCAGCAAAGAAAGCGAAGAAAGAAGAUAAACAAGACGAACAAACCUCGUUAGAAACGGACAAUUGUGCCCAGAAAGGGGAAGUAAAAAACGAAAAAGAAAAGGAAGACGGAUGCGACGAGUCAGUUUUGAAAAAGACAGAGAACAUUCCAUAA